CAGAUUGCGCGCUUGAGAACGUACCUACCUAAAAUAAUAACAUGACAUUAUACACUAGGAACUUUAGGUAACACACCAGGUACCUACCUUCCAUGAAAUCCAUGCCACCCAGGCCACCUUCAAACCAUUCCCCGCCUAAAAGCGAAUCACCUACGAAUUUCCAUCUCUAUCGCUUUUGCGGCCCCUCCCAUUUUCUCUUUUCUCCCCUGUCAAUAAUAACAAAAAGGCAACUUGAUACUUCCCCGUCAUCAGUGAAUCACGCAUUUAAUAAAACGCCACUGGUCUAUGGAACGAAUCAUACUCGCUUCUUAUUGCUUGGGCUUUUACACUCUUGUAUUGUAUCACACCUCUCUAUUCCACUUAUAAACUUAACUUCAUAAGUCCAAUUUGCGUUGCUGCAGCUUUAGCAUUGGAAAGGCUCUUCUUCCUCUUUGCCACCUUGAGCGCCUACUUGUAAUCUCGUUUCUUUAAAGCAAGGGCGCAUUGUUACGAUAAUUGCUUGCUCCUAUCGCAACUAGCAAAUAAAUAAUAGAGACAAAUAGAGAGGGACCUACCCAACAUGCCACCAACCGACGAGAGCGAUUCUUCCUGUACCGGCGACCGCCGGCUGUUGCUGGUAUCCAACCGUCUUCCGAUUACCAUAAAACGAAAAGAGGAGGGAGACUAUAGCUUUUCCAUGUCUUCUGGAGGGUUGGUUACUGGAUUGAGUGGUCUGAGCAAAACAACAAGCUUCCAAUGGUACGGCUGGCCUGGCUUAGAAGUCCCCGAAGCGGAGAUAGCUGGCGUAAAGCAGCAGCUUAAGGACCAAUAUAAUGCGCAUCCCAUCUUCGUCGACGACGAACUCGCUGACAGACAUUAUAAUGGCUUCUCAAACUCGAUCCUCUGGCCUCUAUUCCACUACCACCCCGGUGAGAUCACCUUCGAUGAGAAUGCCUGGGCGGCCUAUAAGGAGGUUAAUAGGCUAUUCGCCAAGACUGUUCUGAAAGAUGUUCGAGACGGCGAUUUGAUCUGGGUACACGACUACCACCUCAUGCUUUUACCAGAAAUGCUACGCAACGAACUGGGUGACCGGAAAGACGUAAAGAUCGGUUUUUUCCUACACACCCCAUUCCCCAGUAGCGAAAUCUACCGUAUCCUCCCCGUUCGUGAAGCCUUACUCGAAGGUCUCCUGCAAUGCGACCUGAUAGGCUUUCACACCUACGACUAUGCUCGACACUUCCUUAGCUCCUGUUCGCGUAUCUUAGAAGCACCGACGACCCCAAAUGGCGUUGAAUAUAGAGGAAAGUUCGUAACGGUCGGAGCGUUCCCUAUCGGAAUAGAUCCCGAUAAAUUCGUGGAGGGACUGCAAAAGUCGAAGGUGCAGGAGCGAAUCGCCGCGCUGUCUCGCAAAUUCGAAGGCGUGAAGCUCAUUGUCGGUGUUGAUCGGCUCGACUACAUCAAGGGUGUUCCGCAGAAGCUACACGCUCUGGAAGUGUUCUUGACGGAACAUCCCGAGUGGAUUGGCAAAAUCGUGCUUGUCCAAGUUGCUGUGCCCUCAAGACAAGACGUCGAGGAGUAUCAGAACCUCAGAGCAGUUGUCAACGAAUUGGUAGGAAGAAUCAACGGCCGGUUUGGAACCGUCGAGUUUAUGCCUAUCCACUUCCUGCAUCAAAGCGUCCAGUUCGACGAACUAUGCGCGCUCUAUGCAGUUUCGGAUGUCUGUCUCGUAAGUUCUACGCGAGACGGAAUGAACCUUGUGUCGUACGAGUACAUCGCAACUCAGCAGAAACGCCAUGGCGUUAUGAUCCUUUCCGAAUUCACAGGCGCUGCUCAGUCGCUGAACGGCAGCCUGAUAGUUAACCCUUGGAACACGGAAGAGCUAGCCAACGCGAUCCACGACGCGGUUACCAUGUCCCCCGAGAUGCGCGAGGCUAAUUAUCGCAAGCUGGAGAGAUAUGUCUUCAAAUACACUUCGGCGUGGUGGGGUCAAAGUUUUGUUAACGAGCUCACCAAAGUCAGCAGCGCCCAUCGCCACGGGGUUGAUAGUAAAGUCGGCCCAGACGCAAGGCCAAUACUAAGCAAUGAAAUCGGCCGUGCAUUGUCCGGAGUUUUCGAGAGCGUUAAGGCAGCUACUAGUGCGGCCGCUCCGUCUGGUAGCGCGUUGGGUUUGCUGAAAUGAAUGGGAAUAGGUAUCGUGGGUCAAGUUAGUUGACUAGAAUGAACUGCUCCUCGGGAUAGCGUAGGGGAUUAAUAUUUACUCGACGAGGCUAGUAAUAGCCAAGGUCACCUGAGACUACAUGAUUGAAGCGGGCAUAUUUGCUUGAGGUUGAAUCGAACUCAUAGAUGAUGAUAACGACAACGACGAGAGGGGGUGACGAAGAAAAACGAAAAGUAGGCGAUUGAGACAAGGUCUGGGACGGAGUUUUACGGGAUUGGUAGAUCAUUCGGUACCUAAUGGAGGCUUGGGGACCUUAUUUCGUAGAAAUGUGCAUAGCACCAUUUUUCAGAAGUUUGUACGUAGAGUCGACAUGGUAAUUACAUGUAUGUACGUAAAUUUCGACCUUUAUAUCGUCAAUAUACAGUAGGAUACUCUACAUCUGAACUUAGCGAAGUAUCCUUAUUUUAUGGAA